AUGAAGCUGAUCAUCGUCAUAAUCACCAUCAAGUCCACCAAACGUAUAGUGAAGAUGCCCGGCGUCCAGAUCAAACAUUGGAAGCUCUGGGAGCCGAUAUUUGUCGAGUUGAAGAACGAUUGGUCGUUCCACGACCUAGGCAGCCGCGUCAACCUCGCGCGGACUCUCCGUAACGUCGCGAGGGGAAACAACGGAAACUACGAAGAGACCUUCUCUAGCCUUCGCGCAACCGUCCGAAUCGAAUUCGUCAAGAUGGCUACGCGGGGAAAUCCCUUGAUGGUUCUCUCCGUCGUUCUCCUUUCCGGGACGCUCUCUCUCGUCGCGACACGGAGCUCCCUGGCCCACGCCAACGAGUCGGUGAAGAGGUCCUCGCAGGCAGUCACGGAUGGGGGCCACCCAUUGCCCGUCUGCAGCCACUGGAACGUCCUGGGUGCACUCAAGGGGCAGUCCGUUCUUGAGAGAUGCUGCCCCCGCUGGGAGGUUUUUGAUGCGCGUUCGGACGCCACGAUGAAUCUGAGCCAGUACGAAAAAGAUCAUUCGCCUACGCCUGUCCAGCGGGAGAUGGCCCGGCUGGAUGCCCUCGCCGCCGAGGCGAACUGCCGUCGCCGUUCUUCCAGUCAGCUGGACGCCGAAGAGAUGUUCCGUCUACGUCAGGAGAACGACCGGGUUCGCAACACCCUCCUCGAGGUCCAGGCCGAAAAUACGAGCUUGAAAAGCGCUCUCGAGGGGAAGAGUUCCGAGUACAGCAGCCUGCAGAGCUCUGAGCGGGCCGAUAAUGCCGAGAGGGGCGGCUUUCAGUUUGAUGACGGCCAGGACGACGAUGAGAGCCACUUCGCAGCCGUUACCGUGGCUCCGAAGACCGAGACCAAGGAAGGCGACAAGGAAACCGUUUUCAUGGCGGAGUAUAACAAGCUGAAGAAGGAGUUUCUGGCUCUGAAGGAGGAGAUGGAGCGCCAGAGCAAGACUCAUGAGUCGGAGUUGACCCGCUUCCGUGAGACGCUUGAGGCACAAAAAAGGGAGAACGAAACGACCAUGGCCGCCCUCGCGGCCAAUACUAGCGAGCUUGAGGCCGCUAGGGAGGAGGUGAAGUCUCUACAGGCAUUCAAGAGCCGUGCCAGACCUCUGGUGGAGUUUCUGGCGGAUCUCCCUGGCCAAGAGGAGGGGCCUACUACCUCAGCUACGCAUUCAAACAAGCGUGUUCGCCUUGACUGA